GCUGCAGCAUCAGCGGACAAUAAGAAGAGAAGGCCGGGCAGCUGCGCCCCUCCAGCAGCCGCAUGUUCCCGCACACCGGUAACAGUUAGCCCGUGAGAAAAGCGCCGCUGAAUGUAGGAGAUAUUCACCUUUUGUGGCUUAGCCGCUUAUCAAAAACGGAUCUCCUCACCAGAGCGCUCGUUUAAAAUUCUGCUGGCUGAAAUCACUGCAAGCUAGCAGCAACAUCACUUGGCAGUAGGUUACAGGGGAGACGUGUUCCUGUGAGCUGAGCUGACCACCACGUACAUUCCUCCGUUCGCUGGAUGACAAAUGCCAAGCCUACGGAUGGAUAUUUUAGUCGGAGCGGGGGGGAUCACAGGAAUGCGCGUGCCGCUGUUUGGGAAAAACUGGUUGUGAUGUUUAACUGCUGCUAAGACAUUGACUGUGAAUCUAGUGUGUUCUUGCAGUUGGCACAAUCAAGGUGAAGGCAGCUAGCCCAUUAGCUCUCGAGCUAUCCGGGUAGUGGGACAGGGAACAGAAAACGCAUUGAAUGGGUUUGAUAUCGUUAUUGUUCAAAUGAAAAAGCAAAGCACAUGAUAAGCGUGCACACUUUUUCUUUGCAAGCUGCACUUCCUUAUUGGACAAUAGUGCUUGUCACUGAAAAAGGAGCGGAUGCCAGGGGAUGCUUGAUAGUAUUCUGGGGGAAACUUGACAUAUCUAUGAGAAUUUUAUUAUAGAGCUUUUUUCCCUUUUACAUCCGCUGAAUAUUUUAAUAUUAACCCCCCUGUCAUAUUAGUGAGUGACUACUCAUGAUCGGUGCCAAGCAAUAUUGUCCUAUCAUCACUACAUUAAACUCGUACUGGCAGCCUAUUUCUUUACCCUCAAAAUACACCUGCUUCGUUCAGGUCCUUUAAAUUGAGUCUUCUAUCAGGUUCUUGCAAACACAUGGGUCUUACAGAGCGCUGGUAGCUUAAAUCAUAGUGGAUGCCGAUGCUCUGGACGGACAGAUGAUGAUGGUGAUGAUUCAUUCACACACUACGGGAAUAUGAGGAAGUUACUCUCGGCUUGACCGAGCACACGGCUCCGCGUUCACGAAAUCCAUGCUAUUCCCGAUGAUUAAAUUAUUACUCGGCGGCUAUUUGAUGAUCAGCAAACGAAAGCCACCUCUCCUCGGGUUGCCUGUGAAGUCGAGCUGACAGAAGCUGGUAGGGUUUGUUUGAAAGGCUGGAGCAGGGUGUGACCGCACUUCGUUUAAAUGUUACAUGCCGCACUGUAUAUAUCAGCGAAGCUCACUAUGAACGCAUCUUGGAAUUUCUACGUCAAUCCGUGCGGAUGACGCCGCCACCGCCAACGUUCGAAAACAAAACGUCGCUGAGGCAAAAGUUCCUUUUUCAAAUUCUUUCGGCUAAAGAGAAGGUCUGUUAGCCAUGUAGCUGGCUGCACAUGACGGGCUGGACUUCUCCGACUAAUGUCUAGGGUGUCGAAUAUUUUUUUUUAGUCUGUGUUGUGCGUGGAAGUGUAGAUGUAUAGUGCAGUUAUUUUAGCUUCGUCGUGACUGUUUCUAGUUGCUAUGGCAUUUUUAAACGGCCCCAGACUGCUGGACUGGGGAAACUCUCCUCCACACUUACAGUUCAACAAAUAUGUCCUGACUGGCUAUAGACCCAUCUCCUCCGUCCAGGAGUGUAUCAAGAGUCUCUUCUAUCUGCACAAUGAGCUGGGGAACAUCUACACACACGGAAUCCCUCUGCUCUGUUUCCUGGUGCUGCUCCCCCUCAACAUCCCUUGGUCACAGAUCAGCGCGAUGUGGCUUGGCGUUGUGCACUUCCUAGCCUGCCUGUCACCGCAGCUGGGCUCAGUGGUCUACCACCUCUUCAUGAACCAUAAGGGCGGCGAGCCUGUCUACCAAACCCUGCUCACGCUAGAUAUGUGUGGAAUCUGCAUGAUCAACACGCUAGGAGCUCUGCCCAUCGUGUACAGCACUCUUCUCUGCUACCCCUUCACCCGCACAGUGGCUCUGCUGAUAUACAUCCUGCUCUCCAGUUACGCCAUCUACUGUGCCAUCACAGCACGCAGCAGAGUGCGGCGUCUGCGUUCCUUCGCCUGGCAGGCACUUUUCCGCUUCUCGUUUUUCCUUCUGCGCUGGAUAGGUUUGGGCGGAGGGAGUCCCUCCUCACUGCGUCACUUCCUCACCAUGGAUGCACUCGCUGUGUUGGGCGGUGUCAUCAAUAUCACACGAAUCCCCGAGCGGUUCCGCCCGGGCCUGUUUGACUACUGGUGCAACAGCCAUCAGAUCAUGCAUGUGCUGGUGGUAGUGUCAAUACUGUACCUACACUGGGGGGUGCGGGACGACUUAAUAUGGAUCAACACGUAUCACUGUCCCUCAGACUGACAGUGGCCCCUGCCGGUCUGGAAUCAAGGGUAAUAAGGCGUGAGGACCUCUUUUAGUAAUAACAUGUUUGGGAAUGCGAUGUAAUUGGGAAAGAAUGGUUUGGGGUCGGGGGAGGUUGUUGUGCUUUGUAUAUAACUGUGUGCACGAAAGUCUAUAAGAAGUGUUUUACAUGUUUUUGUUUUUUUUAGGAGACACCAGUGCCAGCUUUGACACACAUGCUUGUUUGUGCCAUCAGUAGCCAGAAUGUACAUAUCCGUGUUUGUAUAAACAUUGGCUGUGCAUGGCACUGUUUAGACCUGCUAGCUCAAACAAAGCUCAUUUGUUUUUUGGUUUGAGACCUACACAUUUUAUAGGCACACACACACACACACACACACACAUAUGGGGUCUGACGUUAUUUGAUGUCAUAUGUUCACCAGCAUUUAAAGCAUUUAUAACCACUAAAUUUAGUUGUAGUUGAAUAGUGAAAGACAUGAUUGAGCCCUUAAAUGAUUGGGUCUCAAAAAGCAAGGUUUAACAAAUCACAUAAUCAAAAAUUUCUUGCAAAAAAUAGCAUGACUUUUGUGAAAACUAAUUAUGGUUUGUCUCUUCUCAAUUUUGCUGGUGAUACAAACAAAGACCAAUGGUGCAGAAAUGAUGUAUGCACCACCAAAUUUCAACGUAUUACUCUAUUGCAGACUAUGCAGCAUAUCAAAUGUAACAUCAGUGCUAACACCACACACAUACACACAGCAACAUUUACUGGAAAUACUUGAGUUGACUUUACUUGUUACAUCACACUCUUUUUGUUGUUGUUCUUUUUUUUUGUGCCGUCUCCUUUUGUUCAGGUCCAUAUUUUUCACAGUCUCACCCUGAUACCUGUAAGUGAAGGGUGAAGGGGUCAUUCCUUGGUUUGCUCAUUGCCUUGAGCUUUAUAUUUUUACUGGGUGGUUAAAGUUGCUGAGUGCCUGUUUUAUGUCUUAGUGCCCUCUGUGACUUUGAUCAUGUUUGUUAUAUAUUCAGUACCUGUGACUUUAAUAAUACCUGGGCAACAUUUUACCCUACCUGCAGAAGAUAUUUUCUCUGCUGUGCUGCCGAAAAGUCAAUUCAGCCUUGUACACUUAUGGUUUUAAUAUCCUAAUCUGUAGUUUGAAAGAUUGGAUUUUGUACCACUCCAAAUUAGAUUUAAUUACUUUCUGACUUUUAACCUCAAUAUAGGGAUGCACGAUAUUGGAUUUUGGCCGAUAUUCGAUAUGCCGAUAUUUUCUAAAUAAUUUUGGCCGAUGCCGAUACCGAUAUCGAUAUAUAUACAAAUAUAUACUGAUAUAUUUACAAAUAUAUACUGAUAUAUUUAAACUUUAAUUUUACUGAAGAGAAAUCCAUGUAUCUCUUCUGUACUGAUUCUACCAUAAAUUUAUUAUUUUACAAAUGUAGACAGACAUUCACAUCUGAAAAACAGGUCAAUUAUUUCACUUGGAGAAUAUCGGUUUGGCUCAUCGGCAGAAAUAUUCAUAUCGGCCGAUACCGAUAAUGGUCAUUUUAAGCUUUUAUCGGCCGAUACCGAUGUUGUGCCGAUAUUAUCGUGCAUCCCUAUCAAUUAUCUAUGUAACCUUGGAUUCAAGACGAGGCAAAUUAUUUUCUUAAUGGCGUGCUGUUUGGACAAAGGCUUUAAUUCUCUGCUGGCCAUCUUCACCCACUGCGCACCUGAUGUUCCCGCUCCUCAGAUGUGGCAGAUGAAUAUUAGACCAAAUUAAUGAUUAUCUAAAUCCCUAGUAAUAGGAUGAACUUAACUGAAUAUAAUUCAUAAUGGCCCCUUAGAUUUUUAAGAAAAGUUGCCAAAAGACUUUAGCUUUAACAGAGCUGUUUGCAGUUGCUUAACCUUUAUAUCUACUUUAGAGUGUGAUUCAUGCAAACUAAACCAGUUCGUAAUGCAGAAUGCACUAUGGAGAUGGUCACAUUGUUCCAAAUGGGCUGUAUUUAUGCAGUUUUGCACAUUUGGAUUUGUUACCUUAGCACACUUAUGCACUACUAAGCGGAACAAACCAAGGAUGACUCUUCUAGCCCUUCCAACCUCACUAGUCUUAAAGAACAACAAACAAACAUCACGAUGUGAUAGAUUCACUGACACUAUCGCAAUGUAGCUUUUAGAAUAAACAUCAGUGAGGCCUGUUGUUCAUUUCAAUUACCUUCACUCUGUGUCAUAGCCAUUAUAUUUAUUAUAUUUAAGAUUAAGCUUUAACAUUUGGCAAUGUUUGAAGAUUAUUUAUUUUAAUACUACUACUACUGUUUUUAUUUUUAUGAUUAUUUUUUUAUAUAUAAAUUAUUUGAACCAGGUGGGGAUCACGCAUCUUUACACAACCAGAAUACUCUAAUAUCCUCUAGCAGAGAUCAGACCUAUUAGUGUAGAAUCAGUGCAUGUUAGGUCGAAUGUUGCUCAGAUGUAUCUGACAAACUCUUACACAUACUCAAUGCCAAAUUAAAUGUUUGGUGGCCUCAGGAGUCCAGCCCUGAUCUUAGAAGACCAGGGUGGUUUUAAAAACAAACCACACCACAAGUCCCUCAGAACAGGGAAGGUUUACCCCAACCCCUUUAAUGCUAUUAAAUGACAAACAUUUGACUCUGAAAUCAAGUGGUGCAUGGAAAUACUAGUAAACCAAUCCCCUUAAAACACAACAUGCAAUUGCUAAUGCUUGUGCAAUGCAACCCCUGACAUAUGUGCUUAAUGUGCAGUAACAGAGCUAAUGCAUCAAAUAUAUAUUUGUCUUCAGAAAUGGAAUGAAAUCACAUGAGCAGCCCAGAGGCAAUACAAACAUAUCAAUUAAUUAACUGCACUGUUUAUUUAUUUUUUACCAAAAGGGCUUUGGAUCAAAGUGAAAACCAGUUAAGAACUUUAAAGUCCAUAUAGGUAACGUAAAUACCUGUAUGAAGACUGUAUAUGCAUAAAAUGCAAGUGGCAUACAUACUGACAUUUUUAUAUAUUCAUAUUAAUAUUUAGUGAAACAAUGUUAUAGGAAAAUAUAUUGAAUGUUAAUAUAUUUCGUCUGAUAGAGUGACACUCAAUAAGGAUUGUCCGAUUUAAUCUCAAAGGCAUUAAAGAUUUGAUCAUUCUGUAACUGUAAAAAGCUAAAAUUGCGACAUCACAAUGACAGACCUGGCAGGAGAGUUAACAAUGCUAUUAGAUUAUUUAGUAGGGUUAACGCCAUAAUAAUACGUCUGUACUACUAUGAUGUCAUUAUGUCUUUAAUAUGGUCGUUGGUUUUUAAACUGUUUAGAAGUUGCUGGCGAAAUCUCUUUUUUACAUUCAGAAUAGUACAGAGAUGUUUUGGUUUGGGGUCCUGAUAUGUUAUUACCUCUGAAACCCACUGGAUAACUAUGCAUAAUCGAAAUAUGUACAUAUAUAUACACAAACACGUUUGUACAUGUCAAUUUCAAAAACAAGAUGUUUUACCAGUCCUGAAAAGAAACAGCUCUGUGUGUUCACACCAACGUGUUUUGCUCAGACCAUGCCAUCCUGGGGUUUCCUCUUCUCAGGGUGCCCUGUCAGUGCUCACUUGCACUGAGUGACCUCAACAACUUUUCUUUUAAUCCUGUUAGGUCUUCUUUGCUUGUCCUGGUUAAAAUCGAGGACUGACUGAUAAGUUGUAUGUUUUUAAGGGCAAAGGUCGUGAUGGCUUGUCAGUCAUCAGGCAUUUGGACCGUGCAUCCUUCAAGAUGCAUAUUGCCUUUAUGGGGCCGAAUGUGUCCAAAAAUGCUGAUCAAGGAUGUGUUUAUUCAUGUAGUUAGUUAGGUGAUGUGAGAAUGUGAAGAGCAUGUUACAGUGAGCCCUCAAGGAAAUGGAUUGCAUUAUAACCCAUGUUUUAGAGGAGGAACAAGAAUGAUAUUCUCAUGGAUGAUGUUCUCCUGUCUGUAUAUUCUAAUGUCCUGUGGUAUAAAUAUUAUGACAUGA